AUGGAUAUUACUUUUUCAUUUCCAGAUUCGGGCGACUGCAGUCCUGGCGAUACAUGCUUCGCUUGGACAUAUGUGAGCUCUUUCGCUACAACCAUUGAAGAAGGGGGACAGGGACUCGGUAACAAUCCAAGUUCGACACCCGGAAAUGGCCCUCAGUCUACUAGUGUCAACAUUUCCCCAACUCAAUCACCCAGCAGGCGUAUCACCGCCAGUUCUCCAUCUCCCACUCCUGGCACAACAGUCGACCCAGCCCCUUCUCCGACUUCCUCUCAUAUUACACCGUACACUGUGAUAACUUCCACGCGGGCUAGUACAUCUAUUGUUGGGGCCAACAUCACAACUACAUCAUCCCCACUGGCAGUCAAAGUUCCCUUGGUCUCGACGGUGUCGGCCGGGUACAUCACAACGAUAUAUUCUUCGUCGACGACUGUAGUCGAUAGUGUGUCCAAUAUCAUGGUGAUCGUAGCACUGGUCUGUGUGCUGCUGGUCAUCAUAGGUGCUGUGUUGGUUGUUAGACCAUAUCAACGACGAAACGCGCAAAGUGUCUUAGCUGCUGGGGAUACGGAGGCCCUUGUAGCAAGCUCUUCAAGGGAAGAGAUGCGGGAACACUCUCAAAACGUUCAAGAUACACCUUCAAGUGAGGACCACAGAGCCGAUGAAAUUGACCCCACGACCAUUUUUGCGUUUCUCCCUCCAUCUCUGGACGAAAACAUCGAAACACACGGUGAACUUACAACCAUCGGCGCAUCCCCUGAUCAUCAACCGCAGACUCCUAAUUCCUGUGCGAGUGCAUCUAGAACCUCAUCCGACGAUCAUCACCAAAGUGAUCUUGAUUCGGCUUCGUUCCACACGACCCGGGCAUCUUCUUCACGGCCCAACUCGCUUGCUCCGCGCCCUCUACCGCUAAUACCUGGUUCAUCCCCCCGCCCGGGCAGCAACGCCACAAUUUGUCCCGGCGCCUCGCUGGCGACGGAAGCGCAGGCCGAAGCGCGUCUGGAAGAACCCAAUUACUCUCCUCGUGAACCCAAUGUCAUUUCUUUUCAAAGGGAGACGAGGACGUCCCUCCCCUACCGAACAGAUAUCAAGCCAGUGGCGAUGGCAAUGGUGUUUGUGAUGGACGCGCACGGGUAUGAUGAGCUAACGGAUUGA